CACUUCUUCUCUUCAACAAUGGCUAAUUCUUCUAUUCCACCUUUCGGUGCAAUCGCACUCCUUCCGCUCGAUAGCGCAACAGCAAAAGCAGGUUUGCAAUCAUUCAAAGAUCGUAUCAAAAAAGAUGCACCAAAUGUAAAGAUUCAAUCAGGCGCUGAUGAAAUCAACGAAGAAACAAGAGCAAUCAUUUGGUUAGACAAUAGUGCAAAUCAAAAAGAUUUAUUGGAAAGCACAUUAGCAAAACAUAAACAAAUCGGUUGGAUUCAAUUACCAAUGGCAGGUAUUACAGCUUAUGCUCCUUUAGCACAAAAGUACUCUGAUCGUACUUGGACAUCAGCAAAAGGUGCUUAUUCUAGACCUGUGGCUGAACAUGCAUUGAUGCUCGCUUUGGCUUUGUUGCGUAACAUUCCUUUACGUACACAUGCAACUGCUUGGGGUCCUCCAAAAGCAUUGUCAUUGUACAAUACAAACGUAUUGAUCUUGGGCGCAGGUGGAAUUGCCAUCGAAUUAUUGGCUUUGUUGGCCCCGUUCAAGGUGAAUGCCACAAUCUUACGCCGAAAAGCAGAACCGUUGAAAAAAGAAGAAAUUCCAGUAGGAUGGAAAGGUGAUAUUCAAGUUGGCUCUUUAUCUGAUUUGGAUAAACAUGUUGUCAACACGGACGCAAUCUUUGUUACAUGUGCACUUACACCUGAAACAGAAGGUUGUUUAAACAAAACACAAUUUGAUAAAAUCACAUCCAAACAAGCUAUCGUCGUCAACGUAGCACGCGGUGAAAUUAUCCGACAAGAUGAUUUGGUAGAUGCUGUUCGUAAAGGUAAACUCUUUGGAGCAGGUUUGGAUGUUACCGCUCCUGAGCCUUUACCAGAAGGGCAUGUUUUGUGGAAUUUGGAGCUCGAUCAAGCGGAUAGUGAGGUAAAAGAUAAUCAAGGCGGUGCAAAGCGUGCCAAUGUGAUCAUCACGCCUCACGUAGCCAAUACCGUUCAAACACUUGUUCCUUUGUUCAGUGAUCGUAUUAUCAACAAUGUUCAAUUAUGGCAAAAGCAAAGCAAAGGUGACUCAUUUGAAGGUCUUGUUGAUCCAUCCGCUGGUUAUUAAGUUGAAUCCUUUCUCGUAAGAUCUGUAUAUACCAUCUCGAAUGUGAGUCAGUCAAUAGAAAUGAAUGAAAUCCGUUGGCGCUUUUGAU